AUGGCGGCCCAGGGCGGGCGGGAGCUGGGGCGGUUGCCAGGCAGCGCAAACGGCAGUGGCGACGCGGCGGCGGCGGCCACCGCCGAGCUCAAGGGCAUCCAAUUCCGUGCCGUCACCGCCUUCAACCGCCUGCGCGAUGAUGUGGGGCGGCUGGGCACGGCAGCCGACACGCCAGACCUGCGCCGGCGCAUCGCAGAGAGCGGCCAGAAGUUUAAGGGGCUCGCCCAGGAGUUUCGGCAAAAAGUGGCGGCGCACCCGGCCCGUGACAGCAGCGCAGCCCAGAAGCUGCUCCGCGACUUCCAGAGCUUGCUGAAGAGCUCCGAGCGGCUGAUGGAGACGGCCAAGGCCAAGGAGGCAGCCAGCCUGCCGCGGCAGCCGGCCGGGGCAGGCGGCGUUGCGGCGGCGGCGGCGGCGGCGGCGCAGCAGCAGGAGGUGUUGGCAGGGAGCCGCGAGGCGGUGGAGCGGCAGGCGCUGCUGGAGGCGCAGCGCAAGCAGGAGCUGCUGAGCAUUGAGAACCGGCUGCAGUUCAACGAGGCGGUGAUUGAGGAGCGGGACCAGGCCAUCACGCAGAUCGCGGGCCAGAUUGGCGAGGUGCACCAGAUCUUCCAGGACCUGGCUGUGCUGGUGAACGACCAGGGGGAGCAGCUGGAGGACAUUGAGGCCAACAUCACGCGGGCGGGGGAGCGCGCUGCCGACGCCACGGUCCAGAUUGCGCGCGCGGAGCGCAGCCAGCGCGCUGCCCGCUCCAAGUGGUGCUUCCUGCUGGCCAUCACAGCCGUGGUGCUCUUCAUCCUCAUCCUCAUCAUCCUGGCGUGAGACCUGCUGCUGUACCGACAGCUGUACCGCUGCCAUGCGGACACCAGACCCCUGUAGCAUUAUCACACCACCUGCACCGCGCAUGCCUCCACCCCUGUUCCUGCAAUACCUACCAAUGAACCUUGCCUCUGCUGCUCGUUGCACCGACCGUGCACCUCUCCUGCUC